GUUUCCAUAACGGUUGCCUUGACUCCGCCAAAGAGAGCAACGGGCGCACGGUGGCUACUUGAACGAAAACGGGGGAAGCUCGCUCAAGAACCGGCUGGGCUGUCGUCGGGAACUCAACAUGCCUCAAUACAAAUGCUGAGCGUGGGUCCGAGACGACCGUAUUCACCCCCUGAAAGGCGAUAAGUUGACGGGCCACGCCCCGCAUCCAACGACCACAAAACUGCCGGCGGAGGCGCAACGGUGAACGGUUUGAAACCCAGCAGGGCGGCUAGCGGGCUCACGGCGGAGAGGAAGCAGGAGUGUCGGCUGUUUUUUUGGGGGGGGAACCAUGAGAGAGUACAAAGUAGUGGUACUCGGGUCCGGAGGGGUCGGUAAAUCCGCACUAACCGUCCAGUUCGUGACGGGAUCCUUCAUAGAGAAAUACGACCCCACGAUAGAGGAUUUCUACAGGAAGGAGAUCGAGGUGGACUCCUCUCCGUCGGUCCUGGAGAUCCUGGACACGGCGGGGACCGAGCAGUUCGCCUCCAUGCGAGACCUGUACAUCAAAAACGGCCAGGGUUUCAUACUCGUCUACAGCCUGGUGAACCAGCAGAGCUUCCAGGAUAUCAAACCCAUGAGGGAUCAGAUCAUUCGGGUGAAACGGUACGAGAGGGUGCCGAUGAUUCUGGUUGGAAACAAAGUGGACCUGGAGGGGGAACGGGAGGUCUCGUCCGGGGAGGGGAAGGCACUGGCGGACGACUGGAACUGCCCGUUCAUGGAAACUUCAGCCAAAAAUAAAACCUCGGUGGACGAACUGUUUGCAGAGAUAGUCCGACAGAUGAACUAUGCCUCAACACCAAAUGGCGACGACCAGUGCUGUUCGUCCUGUGUCAUUCUUUAAGGAGAAAAAAAAGAACAAAAGUUUUAUUCUUUGCUCGGUUUUAAGUUUGCAAUGUGUGUUGCAGCGAGUGUGUACUGUUGAGCUCUUCUUCGUGUCUCACCCCCGGCCUUGGAGGAAAAUACAGGGAGGAAUGCUGCAGGGGGACGAGAGGAGGAGGAGGAGGAGGAGGAGGGGAGCAACAGAGACAGAGGGAGGGGUCCACUCUUCAGGAAUUCUGCUGGGUUGGAGUAUCUUUGCUGAACGAUCAGUGUGUCCACCACUGAUGUCGGAUCCAGAGUUACAGCAACCCCCCCCUACCCCCUACCCCACCCCUCAACCGUUCCAAUUGUACUCACAACUGGAACUAAAACCCCGAAUGGAAAAGAUAUGGAGGGCAACACUUAGAGACACUCUUAAAUGGAUAUUUCUGUAUAAGAAGAAGACAGAGAGAUAUAGUAUAUUUUGUUAAAUAACUGCACAGUCAUGGGUGGGUAAAGAUUUGGGUGAUAUCUCUGCCUAACCCAUUUUGGAGCGACGCUCCACAACACUCCAAAUCCCUUUUUUCUUUUUUUUUUCCAAAGUCAAAAGAAAUUGACACCACUUUUCUGCUGGUGGAGUAAACGUGAUGAGUGCCACUUUUUUUCUCUUCUUCUUCUUCUUCUUCUUCUUCUUCUUGUUCUUCAUCUCCUCUUCAGUGUGUGAGAGAGGACCUUAACUGAAGUGACAUGUGGACGGUGACCUGAUCGCCCUUGUGUCGAGUGCCUUUCCAAAACAAAUCAGCUGUUCAGAUUUAGUGCCAACCUACAUGUAUCACCAAAAGAACCCUUCAACACGGCAAUCCACGGUUUAGUGAACUGUUCUUCUGGAUAAUCUCGUAGGGGCGGAGGCUGGAAAAAAAAGAAAAGAAAAAGAAAACAAACUACAAUAGGCAUUUUGUUAAUGGAAUGGCGGUUUUCUGUAUGUUUUACGUUGGCCUUUUUGAAGUCUAAGGUGUUCAUUUUGUAAUGUCUGCUUAAUCUGGCCAAAACCUAUAUCUUGAAAAUGCACAGGUACUGGAAUCCCCUAGACGUGAUAACAACACCAAACGCUUAACCUUCCAGACCACUUAAGUCAAAUUAUGUUUGUUCUCUUUAUUUUGUUGUUUUUAACAGGAAAUGUGAUGAUGUACCGUUGACAAAUCUAACCUGAUUGUAAGUUUAAUUUUCAGAUCAGCCUUUUAACAGUGGGCUGUCUGUUUAAAAAAAACAAAAAAAAACAAACAAAAACAAAAAACAAGACUUUUAAUACAAAUGGCAUUUUUAAAAAAAGAAA